GGUUUCACCGGCAGGCCUUUUUUAUGCAAAUUGCACCCCCAGCAGUGGGCAUUGCUAGCAAAUAGCAGCGCGCGCUACGUCUCGGCAUUUGCACGGACGCCGCAUCGACGUCUAGACGGACUGCGAACAGUUCUUGAGCUCUCUGCCGUCGUAGCACGGGCAGCGAGGGCUUUACGUGGAGCAGCGCUCGCUCGCGGUUUCACCAGCGCUCGCGGCAGCCAGCGCUGACCAGCGCUCGCGGGCAGCUCUGCCGCAGCGAUGCCGCGCCGCGCCGCCGCGCGCGCGCUCGUGGCGCUGGCGCUCGCCGCGGCGCCCGCCGUGUCGGCCGACGGCAUGAUCAAGAACGCCGAGGCCUACUGGGUCAUCGAUCCUACCGAUCAGACGUGCUUGACGGAGCUCGGCACCUUCGGUGCGUGCGACGACGAUGCCUUGUACAUGUACCUGUCGCGGCCCGUGGGGUUCCUCGAUCGAUUACUAAGGGGCACAAAGUCCCGGCGAAGCCUGGCCAUGGUCCUCGAGCCCGUGCCCCGUCGUGCUUGCUUGUCCACCAAAAAAGCGCACGGCCGGACCGUGCUGGGCGGCGGCGACUGCUCCUCUGUAAGCCGAGCCCAGCAGUGGGAGAUGCUCCAGUCCAACGCGAAGCGGGCCCAGUCUAGAACUCAAAACGAGGACAUGGUCGCGGCAGUGGCGUUAACGACGAACAAGCAGCGCGACUGCGUCGUGAGAGACAGCUCGAUCUGGUCGAAGGCCGCGCGGAUGCAGCGCGCUCUCUCGGGCGGUUCGUCGCGCGAAACGGCCCCCAAAGGAGCCCUGGCGAACACCGUCUCCGUCCUCAAGUGCGCCCAGCGCGGCCACACGCCGCUCGAGCUCACGGCCUCGAACGUCGCCACUUCUGGCUUCUUAUUUCAAGCAGCCGACGGCGCCGCCUGCUACGACGGGAUUCGGUUCCGAGCCUGCUCCGACGAGGACCGGUCGUUGCGCUGGGGUAUUGGUGUGAAAUUCGAGCGCGGCCGGCCGAAGACCGCUCUGUACAAGUUCUACAACGCGUCGGACUCGUGCCUCGUCGAGAAGGGCGACGCUUUGGUGCUUGGCUCGUGCAGCCAGAAGAACGCGCUCGGGUGGGGCGUCACGCGCGGCCGCCUCUGCCGCAACGGCGACUGCGUCAAGAGCGGGAAAUGUCUAGCUAGAUCGGCCUUCGACGCCGCGGCGAAGCUCUUCCCCUGCAAGCAGAACGUCUACGAGCACCUGACGCUCACGUUGGAUUCUGAUGGUUCUGAUGCGUACGUACUCCAGCGUCUCACCUAUCAACAAAAGCGAAAUGAGGAUCCUUACUUGGUCCGUGUUCUUGAACCGAGGCGUAAGACCCCUCACACACAAAGAUGUAAUGAAUUUCCAAGUCGCCGAUCGCCCUGCCUUGAUCUUCUCUCGGAGCUGGUGCCUCGCCUUCGAUACGUCACGCUUUGUUCCCCGCAGGCUCGCGCAGGCGCUCAAGGAGGCCGCGGCGCGCGAGCAGGAGCAGGCGGCCAAGGCCGCGGGCGGCGGCCGCUCGUCGUUCCAGGUGUGAGGACGAUGGAGGUGACAGCGUGUCCACGCAAGUGUUUUACGUCGACACGCGCUGGGGUGCUCCUAGAUUAAGAAGCUAUACGAUC